AUGGACUUUAUGAUUCAAGGUGGUGAUUUUACAAAAGGUGACGGUACUGGCGGAAAAUCUAUUUAUGGCGAUAAAUUCCCUGAUGAAAACUUUAAAUUAAAACAUGUAACUCCAGGUCUUUUGAGUAUGGCCAAUGCAGGGCCUGACACUAAUGGGUCUCAAUUUUUCAUUACUACUGUCAUAACAUCAUGGCUUGAUGGUCGUCAUGUUGUAUUUGGUAAAGUUUUAGAAGGAAUGGAUAUUGUUAAUAAAAUUGAAGAUGUUAAAACAGGACAAAAUAAUAGACCACUAAAAGAUGUGAAAAUUACCGUACCAAAAACUGCCGAAAAUUUUCGUGCAUUGGCAACAGGGGAAAAAGGGUAUGGUUACAAAGGAUCAAACUUUCAUCGUGUGAUUAAGGACUUUAUGAUUCAAGGUGGUGAUUUUACAAAAGGUGACGGUACUGGCGGAAAAUCUAUUUAUGGCGAUAAAUUCCCUGAUGAAAACUUUAAAUUAAAACAUGUAACUCCAGGUCUUUUGAGUAUGGCCAAUGCAGGGCCUGACACUAAUGGGUCUCAAUUUUUCAUUACUACUGUCAUAACAUCAUGGCUUGAUGGUCGUCAUGUUGUAUUUGGUAAAGUUUUAGAAGGAAUGGAUAUUGUUAAUAAAAUUGAAGAUGUUAAAACAGGACAAAAUAAUAGACCACUAAAAGAUGUGAAAAUUGUAGAUUGUGGUGAACUUCCAAUUGAGGAAAGUGAAAAACCUAUUAGAGCUGAAUUAUAA